AUGUUUAAAGCGGGAAACUUAGCUGCCUAUGUUAAAGAAUGGCAAGUUUUAACGUCGGAUCCAGAAAUAAUGGAGAUACUGACUGGUCAGAGAAUUGAAUUCUCUGAAAUUCCUGUACAGUGGAAAACUUCGAUGAAUGUAAAAUUCACAGAUGCACAAACCAAACUGGUAGACCAUGAAAUUGGAAAACUCCUUAACAAGGGUGUUAUUGUGUCAUGCACACGCGAAGAGGGAAAUUUUGUCUCUCCAAUUUUUACCCGUCCAAAAAUGGACGGCACUCUUCGAAUGAUCUCGAAUUUAAAAUCACCUAACAAGUUUAUUACCUAUUACCAUUUUAAAAUAGAGACUGUCUGGUCUGCAAUAAGGUCAAUGACCCCUGGAUGCUAUAUGGCUUCCAUAGAUUUAAAAGAUGCCAAUCCAUGCACCCAGAGAAGUCUACUUAUUCCUACACAACGAAUUGUGUUUUUAGGCUUUGUCCUUGACUCCUUAAAGAUGUGUAUGUCAUUGACGCCUGAAAGGGCUCAAAAAAUUAAUCGAGGCUUGCCAAAAAAUGGCUUCAAAAUGCUUGUCCCACCAUCCGAGAG